AUGUCUGACACCGAGGAAGUUGCGGUUGAGGAGGAGAAGCCAAAGUUCAAACCAACCGCUCCCAAAAUCCCUGAGGGAGAGAAAGUGGACUUUGAUGACAUCCAGAAGAAACGUCAGAACAAGGAUCUGAUGGAGCUGCAGGCUCUCAUCGACGCACACUUCGAGUGCAGGAAGAAGGAGGAGGAAGAGCUGAUCGCCCUGAAAGAGAGAAUCGAGAAGCGUAGGGCUGAGAGGGCGGAGCAGCAGAGGAUCCGCGCUGAGAAGGAAAAGGAGCGUCAGGCAAAACGUGAGGAAGAGAGACUGAGAAAGGAGGAGGCUGAUGCUAAGAAGAAGGCAGAGGAAGAGGCUAAGAAGAAAUCCGCCCUGUCCAGCAUGGGUGCAAAUUACAGCAGCUACCUGCAGAAGGCUGAUCAGAAGAGAGGCAAGAAACAGACGGAGAGAGAGAAGAAGAGGAAGAUCCUGGCUGAACGUCGUAAACCUCUGAACAUUGACCAUCUGAACGAGGACAAGCUGAGGGAGAAGGCCAAGGAGAUGUGGGAAUGGAUGCGCACUCUGGAGUCUGAGAAGUUUGAUCACAUGGAGAGGCUGAAGAGGCAGAAGUAUGAGGUGACCACACUGCGUAAGAGAGUGGAGGAGCUCAGUAAAUUCUCCAAGAAGGGUGCCGCUACCCGCCGCAGGAAGUAG